CUCACGCGGCUCCCUCACGAAAUGGCGGCGGCCGAGUCGUUCCUCGCCUUCAACCCCGCGGCCCGGCCCGGCCCCGCCGCCGCCUCCCGGCGCCGCGCCCGAGGGCCCCGCAACCGCAAGAAGGGCUGGAAGCGCUGGAGCGGCCCCGAGGCGCAGCUGGGCCGCGAAAUCGGCGAUUUCCUGGAGGAUGUGGGGCUGCAGGAGCGAGCGGCGGGGGGCCUGAUCUCGGAGCAGCCGAACGAGGGCCUUUUCUUCCUGGACACUGGCGCCGUCCCUAAAGGCCGGCGCCCCAAGAAGCCCCCACAGAAGCCCCUCCACGUGGACCUGGUGCUGCAGCCGCUCUCCAAAGUGCCCCCUCCGAAAAACAUCUGCGCCCACCAGACCCCGAACGGGCGGAAGGAAAAGCGGCGCCGCGAAUUUUGGGAGAAAAAAGCGGAAAAAGGGAUUUUCCCACGGGGGGAGAGGCGGCUCCGGGCCCGGCAGCCGAGUGGGGACCCCCACACCCCAAAAACCCCCGAGCUGGGGCGCUCCGACCCCCAGAGGGGCUUCUACGACAUCUGGGGGGAGCACAACCCCCUGGACGCCCCCCUGGCCGGGCAGGAUCCCUGGUACCUCCAGCAGACCAAAAAACUGCGGGUCGCCCCCCCCCGGCUCCAGGUGAAGCCAUCACCCCUCCCCCCCGUGGAGGUCAUCGGCCAGGGGGGCUCCUACAACCCCCCCUUCCAGGCCCACCAGGAUUUGCUGCUGAGGGCGCUGGAGGUGGAGACGAGGAGGAGGAAGGAGGAGAAGGUGGAGAGGAGGCUGAAGGUCACCGAGGAGCCGCCCUCGGAGGAGGCCGUGCUGCAGGAGCAGCUGCAGGGGCUGCUGGAGGAGGAGGAGGAGGAAGAGGAGGAGGAAGAGCAGCAGGAAAAGGAAAAGGGAGAUCCCCCCCAGAAACGGGAACAGCCGGGCAGGAAAACGGAGAAACAGCGACGGAAGGAGAAGGAACAGAGGGAGAAGGCCGGUGCCCGGGCCCGCUCCCGCCUGGCUGCCCGCAGGCUGCAGGGGCUGUUCCAGCUGCGCUCCCUGCGCCGGGCUCUGCUCCUCCGGGAUCUGGAACUGCGGCGCCGGCGGCUGCAACGGGAACGGAAACGGGAACUGCAAACGGCCCCGAAACGGCUGGGAAGGAUCCGGUACGAGGAGCCGGGCCCCGAGGUGCAGCUGAGCGAGGAACUCCCCGAGUCCCUGCGGAGCCUCAGGCCUGAGGGGAACGUGCUCCGGGAUCGCUUCAAGAGCCUGCAGAGGAGGAACAUGAUCGAGCCCAGGGAGAGAGCCAGAUUCAAGCGCAGGUACCGGGUGAAGUACGUGGAGAAGAGAUCCUUCAGAGCAGUGACGCUAUGACCACGACCCCUCCCCCACCCCAAAAUAAAAGUUUUUGGAGCAGC